GUAAGUACUUUUGAAGUGUACAAUUCAAUUUGAAAGGGGGCCGUCGUGGUAGCAAUCAGCUUUGUGGUAGAAGGAGUACGAUCCGGACGAAGAGCUUUAUCUUGCUCACCUUUAAUACGACACUCAAAUCCGUCACGCACUUUCGCGCAAAAUCUACUUCACAACUUGACUAAUACUUGUCCACAACUUCUACGUUGACCACUCGAGGAAGUGGUAGUACAAAUCAACCAUGAAUUACCAGCAAUCGCUCCAGCGUGCGAUCGAUCUGAGUAACAAAGCCGCCGAGCUGGACAACCAGGCUUCUGAAGCGGAUAAGAGGGUCACCGAGCAGCAACCGGAUUCCACUCCAUCCAACAAUGCCUCAGCGGGGGGAAAAUGGAACGACGUGCUGCACGCUUACAUCACGGCGCUCGAGAAUUGGCAGUUCGUUCUCAAUAUGCACUGCAAAAGGAUCGUACAACUUGUAUAAAUGCAUUACAAAUUGGCCCAGCAUUACAAAUUGAAUUUGUAAAUGCUGAUUUACCUUGAGAAAGAGAUUGGUAAUGCAUAAAUGCAAUUACUACAAGUACGAUUCUUUUGCACAGGAUACUCAAAUACGAAAACAACCCGACUAUGCGGACGAAGCUGAAGCAGCAGGUGCAGUAUUGAUUGCAAAUAUGUCUGGGUCUGGAAGAAUGCAAGUUUGUCAUGCUUCCUUGUCUGGCAUGACUCAUAAAUCUGUAAUGCAUGAGCAGGAAAGUAGCCUCUUGCCUGUCACGCAAAAACGCAGUUUGCCACUCGGAAAACGAAACACAGCAGUAGUUGAAAAAUUUGUCAUGCUUGGCUGCGUAUUGCAGUCCGCCCACCAGUCACAUUUUAGCAUCACAAGUUUCCAGACCCAGACACUUUUGCAUUUGAUAUCCAGUUAAUGAUGGAGCGGGCCGAAAAGAUAAAGAAGGUGAUAAAGGGGGAACUAACCGAUGAGAUGGACACAGACGCCGGGUCUGGGAAUUCUGCAACUGGGUCGUCGAAGCAAUCCAGCUCCAGCUCAUCGUCCUCUUCGCAGCAGGUCAGGAAACCCAACACCGCGAACGGAAAUGCCGCAGAUCAGUCCGACACCGAGGUGGAAAAGCUGAAAAAAUCCCUCGAGGGUGCCAUCGUGACGGAGAAGCCAAACGUCAGGUGGACCGACAUCGCGGGCUUGGACCAGGCGAAAUCGUUGUUGCAGGAAACAGUCAUUCUCCCGGUGAAAUUCCCACAGUUAUUCACUGGGAAGAGAAAACCCUGGAAGGGAAUUUUACUCUACGGGCCACCAGGCACCGGGAAAUCCCAUUUGGCGAAAGCGGUCGCGACAGAGGCAGAGUCGACGUUUUUCUCCUUAUCUUCGUCUGAUUUGGUUUCCAAAUGGCAGGGCGAGUCGGAGAAGAUGGUGAAAAAUCUCUUCACCGUCGCACGAGAACAGGCGCCGGCGUGCAUUUUCAUCGACGAGAUUGACUCGAUGUGUGGAAGCCGAGGAGACGGCGAAUCGGAAAGUAGUCGGAGGAUAAAAACCGAAUUUCUCGUGCAAAUGCAGGGAGUGGGGAACGACACGACGGGAAUAUUGAUGCUCGGGGCGACAAACUGCCCGUGGGACUUGGAUUCCGCGAUUCGAAGACGGUACGUAGUUUCAUCUGUUUCAGGAUUUAUUCGGUGGGUGGGUGUACAUGAAUUUGUUACUUAUGCGACAUUGUGCAUGACAUUGACAUCAUUGACCUUCCUCCUUUUGCUCGAUCACAAAUAAAAAAAAAAACUGCAGGUUCGAGAAGCGCAUCUACAUCCCCCUUCCUGAUCUUCCGGCAAGGCGGCAUAUGGUCGAUUUAUGGUCGGGAAGAUAUUACUCUACCUCUCGCUUUCCACAAACGAAGCGUACUAGUAACGUCAGAAGUUUGUACUGCUAGAAAUUACACUUUUUUUGUGAUGCAGUGACUGCAAAUUACAAUUUUCGCCGCGUUAUUUGCGACGACAAGUACAAUAGCGAUUCUCCGUCUGUGAAGUUCUACUUUCGGUAGAGCACCUUCCCUUACCCACCUCCAUAACCUAUCGGAAUUGGCGACACUCCGAACAAUCUGUCAGAACAGGACAAGAUGCUGUUGGCCGAGCGAACCGAGGGCUUUUCCGCAGCGGACGUGGGGACUUUGUGCAAAGACGCCCUGUUCGCGGUGAUUCAUAAAUGCAUGCGCAGCGCGAAAUUCAAGCAGGUCGUGGUGACGGGUAUGAAAUUCGAGAUUUUGAUGACGAGUCGGCGACCGAAAGUGCAGAUGAAGGCUUAGCUGAAAUGCCGUUUUUGCAUGUCCAAAAUAUGCUGCAUCAUGGCGGCGAAUGCUUAUCAUGCGUUGCUGAGUAAAGCAGUUUCAGUUGUUGUUAACGCCCAUGCACAGGGGUGGAAUCGCAGAGAAGCUAGUUGUUAAAGCUUGAUACAGGCCAAUUUUGAGACUCUGACUCGACACAUCUCUUCUCUCCUUCCAUACCAGAUCCAAAAACUGGCGAACCGAAGUCGAAGUGGACGCCGUGUGACGUAAACGACGGAAACGGUGUGGCGAUGAAGGUUUUCUUUUUUUUGCCGUUCAUCUGCUGUGUGCAGUCAUGGUGUCAGUAGUUGUAGUUCUCGUUGAUGCGAUUAAUGUUAAGUGGUCCUAGUGCAAGUGCAACUCGUAAGAUUUGCAGGCGGUCCAGGUACUAUUUGGCUUGUAGUCUAGUGUCCUACUUGCGUCACAUCGGAAGUCUACGGGCUGUUCGUCCCUUGCAUCACAAAUUCAAAUCAUUUGAGGUCAUGGACAUCGCUUCUGAUGAGCUCCUGGAACCGGUCGCCAGCCUCCAGGAUUUACGAAGAGAAGAAGAUGGGGAACUACCUCUACUUCUUGCUACCACACGAUUUCAAAAAGACGUGCGCCGCAGCUCCACUGUGCCUGCACUACCGGUAAUCUAAAUCUAAUGGGCGAUGAAGAAUAGAGCAUGGGCAUGAAGAUAGUGGAGAUAAUCAUGGGCAGUCCGUAGUUUACGGUGUUGGUUUGGGUAGUUCACAAAUUUUCGAGAUUUGUGUAAUCGCGGAUCCGCGAUUACAAAUUUUCCCGGAUUUUUGUAAUCGCGGAUCCGCGAUUACAAAUUUUCCCGGAUUUUUGUAAUCGCGGAUCCGCGAUUACAAAUUUUCCCGGAUUUUUGUAAUCGCGGAUCCGCGAUUACAAAGUUUCUCGGAUUUUUGUAAUCGCGGAUCUGCGAUUACAAAGUUUCUCGGAUUUUUGUAACCGCGGAUCCGCGAUUACAAAAAUCCACUUUGUCUGAUCAGAAUCAGACUCGUUGAACGAUCGCGAAAAUAGAAAACGAUAAAAAUAAAAUUUUGAAAAUUCGCGGACUUUCGGUUUCAAUAAAAAUAAAAUUUAGAAAAUUCGCGGACUUGUGUUGGUCUGUUUCAAUUCGACACAGUGCGCGUGGUCGCAUUGUGUUGUCAAUGAGGUUGGAAGUUUGGCAUGUUUGGUUGCCACACACAAUAAAAAAUAAAAUUUUGAAAUUUCGCGGAUUCUCAAAGUUUGAGAGAAAAUAGCAGCGCUCUGUAGCAUGUCCGCGGGGGUUUGUCUUGGGAUGAGAGCAGAUCAGAUGGAACAUCGCGGCUUCUUGUUUAGUGAUUGCCUGGGCGUUUGAUUUGUGGCCAUCGCUUGGACCUGAAUAAAAAUAAAAUUUUGAAAUUUCGCGGCUCGGCGGGUCCGGGGCUCCACGCCCUGGUGCUGGGCGUCAGUGUCGGGUCCGGUGGAUCCGGGUUCGACCGCCAGGCGUAGACGCUGUGGGGGGUCACAGCGUCUACGACCUGACCUCGUAUACGCUGUGGGGGGUCACAGCGUCUACGACCUGACCUCGUAUACGCUGUGGGGGGUCACAGCGUCUACGACCUGACCUCGUAUACGCUGUGGGGGGUCACAGCGUCUACGACCUGACCUCGUAUACGCUGUGGGGGGUCACAGCGUCUACGACCUGACCUCGUAUACGCUGUGGGGGGUCACAGCGUCUACGACCUGACCUCGUAUACGCUGUGGGGGGUCACAGCGUCUACGACCUGACCUCGUAUACGCUGUGGGGGGUCACAGCGUCUACGACCUGACCUCGUAGACGCUGUGGGGGGUCACAGCGUCUACGACCUGACCUCGUAGACGCUGUGGGGGGUCACAGCGUCUACGACCUGACCUCGUAGACGCUGUGGGGGGUCACAGCGUCUACGACCUGACCUCGUAGACGCUGUGGGGGGUCACAGCGUCUACGACCUGACCUCGUAGACGCUGUGGGGGGUCACAGCGUCUACGACCUGACCUCGUAGACGCUGUGGGGGGUCACAGCGUCUACGACCUGACCUCGUAGACGCUGUGGGGGGUCACAGCGUCUACGACCUGACCUCGUAGACGCUGUGGGGGGUCACAGCGUCUACGACCUGACCUCGUAGACGCUGUGGGGGGUCACAGCGUCUACGACCUGACCUCGUAGACGCUGUGGGGGGUCACAGCGUCUACGACCUGACCUCGUAGACGCUGUGGGGGGGCACAGCGUCUACGACCUGACCUCGUAGACGCUGUGGGGGGUCACAGCGUCUACGACCUGACCUCGUAGACGCUGUGGGGGGUCACAGCGUCUACGACCUGACCUCGUAGACGCUGUGGGGGGUCACAGCGUCUACGACCUGACCUCGUAGACGCUGUGGGGGGUCACAGCGUCUACGACCUGACCUCGUAGACGCUGUGGGGGGUCACAGCGUCUACGACCUGACCUCGUAGACGCUGUGGGGGGUCACAGCGUCUACGACCUGUGCUCGUAGACGCUGUGGGGUUAGACCCCACACCCCUGAUCAAAUACACUCGUAAAAAGGGCAGCAGCUGGUGCAGGGCGGGGUAGGUUAAGCACAGAAACAGUACAUAUUCUGUCCAGGUGGAUGUGCAAAUGAACCGAGUCGUGCUCAAAACUAAAACCUCAAUUUGUUGUGGUAGUGGAAGAAGUAAGUAGUUUUUCAUUCUUUGUCGGUGAAUAUCCCUUCCUUGCCGCAGUAGAAAAGACGAAGCCCUCCGUUGGUGCGUAUCGCAAGAAGAGAACGUCGUCUCUACUUCAUGGGGGGGACGACGCUGGAAGUCCAAUAAAUCUCGGCUAUGCAUCAUUUUCCCAUAUAAAAAAGUUGUUUUCAUCAACAUUCGACUUACACUUAAUUCUGCUUGCAUGCUGUGCCUGAUGCGGUACAACACACGAUUUUUUGCAUUUGGCUCUGCCGCCGCCGCGCCCGACCUAUCAAGUAGAGUUCUUUAUUUCUUCGGGAUACUCCUGCGGAAAUCGCGCGAAACGAAGCCUGGACGCGGGAAUUCGGGCAAGAG